AUGCGGCUCCCUGGGCACAGCCGGGCGCCCGGUCUGGAAAUCGGGAGCGAGGUGUCCCAGGAGAGCCUGCUCCUCCACGGCCCCUUCGCCCGGAAACCCAAGCGCAUCCGCACCGCCUUCUCGCCGUCGCAGCUCCUGCGGCUGGAGCGGGCCUUCNNNNUUCAUCACCUGCGGGCAGGGAGCGAAAGAAAAGUGGUGGCUGGGACUGCAGGCGUAGGUGAGGGUGCAGUGAAAGUGUGGUUCCAGAACAGGAGGACGAAAUACAAACGGCAGAAGCUGGAGGAGGAAGGGCCCGACUCGGAUCAGAAGAAGAAAGGUUCCCACCACAUCAACCGAUGGCGCCUCGCCACCAAGCAGUCGAGCGGAGAAGACAUCGACGUCACCUCCAACGACUAA